GGCAGGUCUCCGAGCUUAGAGCGAGUUCAGCAGUAGUCCUCGUUCGGCUGUCGGACUGUAACUUUAGGGCUGUUUGUUUGCAGCAUUACGUUAACGAGAGAGCGCAGAAAGAAAGGGAGGAGGGUGUUUUGUCUCUACCCUCUGCGAAAAAAAGAGAGGGGUGGAAAGUGCGCAGAGGAUCUUCGCAGUCUGCAGGGGCUAACGUGAGGGGGAUUGGGAGCGUAGCAAAGUUUGCCACAAGGCUUGGAUCCUGGAAGCAGCCAUGCGCGGCGGCGGGACCAUGCGUGGGCUCGCCCUCUUGGCCCCUUUUGUGCUUUUGCUGUUGGCAGCCCACUGCAGAGGACAAGAUUUAAGCUUAGAAGAUGCUCUCGCAGAUCUUGCUCCGACACAGAAGCCGGUUACACCUAAAAAAAAGCCAACACAAGAUGAUGAUUUAGGUUUUGACUUGGAAGACGCCAUUAAUGACCCCAGCAACCCAGCACCAGCAGCACCUCCUCAGCCAGUACCACCUCAGCCAAAGCCUGGAAGUCAUGACAACUCUGGCGGAUUUAGUGAUUCGGAUUUAUUUGAUGGUCAAUUGCCUGCGGAUAAGUCAGAAGAAGGUGGACGAAGAGACUCAGGUUCCAAUGAAAAUACAGAAGGUUCUCAAGGAAUGUUAGCUGGCAUCAUUAGCUCAGUUGUUGUGGCAAUAGCUGGAGCUGUGUCGAGCUUUAUAGCUUACCAGAAGAAAAAGCUCUGCUUCAAAGCAAGUGAUCAAGAAAAUGUUAAUAUGGAAAGCCAACAAGGAGCAUAUGCUGAGCCACCUGUUCAACGCACACUUUUGCAGAAACAGUAGCAGCACUUAAGAUGAAGAGAAGACCAGAAAACUGGACAGAGAAUCUGCAUAUUUCCCUGAAAAACACGACACAUUUCUUGCAGCAAAAAAUGGAGUUGCAAAGUAGAAUUAAAAUAGUUCUGUUGAAAUGACUUUUAAAAGGGAGAAGGAUGUUUUAAGAAAUCAAAAUACUUGGGCCUGUGGUUUACCCUUUGAAGCUCAAAGUUGCAUCCUGGCUGAAUCCUGGCUUUAAAACAAACAUAUUUGUUGGAAACUAUUGCUUUUGUCUGAAGUCUCAUAUUUAGCAAUAUGGCAAGAACCUUAGAAGGGAAAUUAUUUAAUUUGGCUAGCUAAAUGCCAUUGGACAGGCUGUAUAUUGAGGGAGGCCCCUAUGUAUCGCAUGGACCCCUGAAAGAUGCAGUGCUUCUCUGCACAUAGAUGCACUUAGCACCAUCUGCAAGACCCCUGUUGGGCCUCUCAGUUGUUGAGAAUGGAGUGAAUGUUUUCCCUUAGCACAUUAGUGUACUGAAGUGCAGCACUUUCUCCCCCCAAUAAGAAUAUAUGGCAACCACUCACCUAUACGAAUAGAAGUUAAGCAUAGCCUCCAGGCCUGUCCUUGGCAUAGGGCUAAAUUUCCUUGGUCCUACUGACCCCAGCUAUUGAGAACCUGUAUAACCUCAUUCUGGCUUUUGCUUUUGGGCAACAUUAGAAUAUGAGGAAUAGGCUUUUAUACAUACAUACAUUUGCCUUCCAAGAAAUAAUGAAAAUUUUAAUUUCUGUUUAGGUUUUGAAGCAAAUCUGAUACUGUACCUUUGCCUUCCUCUAGAAUACAUACAUAGAAGGUGGAGGUGCUAAAUGCAUAUUGCCUUAAUAUUUAUUCUCUCUCAGAUAAGAGAUCUAAGAAAAGUCCUAUCUAGUACAUGUUACACAUGGGUCCUUUUGAAUGCAAAACAUUAUAUUGGGGAAAAUGUAGAUUUUUUUUGCAGUAAAGCUAUGCAUAUGCAUAAAUAUAUUGUAUAUAACUCACCCAAUCACUGUCUCUGAGCCAGAAUUGUUUUAUACAAGAAUACCAAAAUUAAUUUAGCUAAUGCAAUUGCCAUUUUAAACUCUGUGAUAGAUUGUGCCUCUUGAUUGUGGGAUUUAUCUCUUUAUUAUUCACAAGUGCCCUUCCACCUCUUGUUUCAUAUUUCCAAUAAAUUGUGACUACUUAGCUAUAUCUUUCAAUAAAUAGCUUCCAGUAAUAAGGUUUAUUUGACCAAUUGCAGAUGCCUUAAGUAGUACACCUUGAAGUGCCAUUAAGAUAGUAGAAAGUAAUUGAUAGAACAAUGUGAACUGAGCACUCUGUAUUCCAUUUAAUGUGCAGAAAGGCCUUGUUAAUGGCCACUGGAGCAUAAAAAAAUAUUAUUUUCAUUAGAUAGGAUUUAAUAAUUCCUGCCUACAUGCUUUCAGUUUCAAAAUUGUGUUGAAUUUUGGUACUAGUUGACAACAAAAAAUGUAACCAGCUACAUCAUCAAAUGUUAAAUCCUGAGCAUUAUUUUUUGUUUCUUAGGCUGCUUUCACACUGCACUUUAUUCCGUUAUUCUGAUGAAGUUUUACCUGGUAAUUUGCUCAUUAUAUUUGAUAUUUCACACUACAUACAAGCUAGCUCUGGAAUUCUAGUGGAAUGUACUGCAAGCUCAGCAUAAAUUUCCACGAUAAAUGAUACCAGAAAUAAUCCAUUAGCAACGCUAGGAACCCAGAAAAUCACGGAGUUUUUUGCUAGCUGUAGCCGCUCACGUGACAGGCAUCCCAGCAUGCAGUGCAUUCCCACCCUUUAGUCACACAGGUUUGUUUUGCCUGACAAAAAUUGUACCACUUUCUGGCAUCAGCGCAGAUAGCAGCACCAUUUCCCAAACACACCCCUGUGUCGAUACCACUAAAAUAAUUUUAAAAGUCAGAUCCUAAAGGGAGAGGGCUUGCAUGGUGAUGGGAUGAGAUCUUAGACCUCCUACAUAGAGGGGAACAGUGCACAUGUGUAUAAUGGGUGAGGAAUGAAAACAAGUGGUGUGAAAGACAGUUGCACGAAAUGCCGGUAUAUCGGCUGAAAAAACUGCAGUUCCUUAAUACAACAGGUACUGCAUUGCGAAAGGAAUUUUAGAAAUUGGGACAGAAGCGCUACCUUUUUAAUCUGUUGAACUAACGCAAUCAGCCCCAUGUGUGAAAGCAGCUUUAGAUACUUUCUAACUAAGCAUUGUGCCAAUGUACAAUUGAAGUAUCGCAUAGAAUGUGAUUUCCGUAUGCAUGGCCUUCUAGAGCAAAACGUUAUUGGGUGGCACUUUCCUUUUUAAACUAGAUGAUAGUUAGCCACAUGUGUGGUGCAUAGGUCCUUAAAUGGCAUCCCUUUUAUAGUACACAAGAUGAAUUUUUCAUCACAUUAUAAACUGAUUUAGACAUCUGUUCUGCGACAAAUGUGUGUCUUCGUUAAUCCAAUCAAAAUGCAGUGUUCUUAAGCAAAAACUGUGUAUAAAUUAGGUGAUACUAAAUACAGUUUGCAAAGUGGUUAUACUUUUUUAAUAAUCGUUUUGUAAACCAUGGGCAAUUUUAAACUUAAUAUUUGAAUGCUGCUGAUUUCUAAAGAUAUUUCCAUGUCAUUCCUGAGCAACAGAGUCUGAAUGUGUGCCUAAUACCCCAAAUGUUCGCAUAUUUUCCUUGGAGUAAGGUGUUACAGAGUUCAAUACAGCUUACUUCCCACUGAAGCAUAUAUAGAAUUGGCUGCACUCCCAUACUGUAUGUACUUGGAAGUAAACUAUUAAUCUCAAUGGGGCUUCUGACUAGAGAUGUAUACAAUGAGGCCAUUAAUCUCUAAUGGAAAGCAUUGUCUUAGUUCAUCCCAAUAGCAUUUCAUGUAUAUUAUGCGAUAAAACAACUUAAAAUAUACUGAUAGCUUGGUAUUGGAUAACAAGCGGAUGUGUUAAACUUUAACUAGAGCAGGAAUGGGGAACCUGUGUCUCUCCAGAUGUUGUUGGGCUCCAGCUCCCAUCAGCCACAGCUAGUAUGGCUGGCAGUCAGGGAUGGUGGCAGUCAUAGUCUAGCAACAUCGUCAGGUUCCCUGUCCCCGAUUUAGUGUUGUGGCUCUUUAGAUUGUGAGAGCCUCCAAGGAUUUGGUAAUUGAGACAUAAUACUUGUGAUUUCUGUUUUUUAAUAAAAUUAAAUUAAAACUUU